GCCAUUCGAAUAGUUCUUAUUCAUUUGUUAAUUUUUCUUAUUGUUUCAGGCGUUCAUUGCAAUAGUAUAGUCCCCCCUUCGUGGAUAGUGAAAUUACCAAGGAAAGGAAGUUUCAAAUCGAGUUUACGAAAAGCACCGACGAAAGGACCGAACUCAAAGAAAAAUAAACAUAAGGAAAAAGAACAUCGAGCAUUCACAAUAAAACCAAUUCCGACAACGAAUGUUUCACCUGUAAUAGUUUUUAUCAACCCCAAAUCUGGUGGCAACCAAGGCCUGAAAUUACUACAGAAAUUCCAGUGGCUGCUCAAUCCGAGGCAGGUGUUCGACCUGACCCAGGGCGGCCCCCGCUCGGGCCUCGAGCUGUUCAAGAAGGUGCCGAACCUGCGCGUGCUGGCGUGUGGCGGCGACGGCACCGUCGGCUGGGUGCUCAGCGUCAUCGACAACAUCGGCGUUGCGCCCGCCCCCGCGGUGGGGGUGCUGCCCCUCGGCACGGGCAACGAUCUGGCGCGAGCGCUCGGAUGGGGCGGGGGAUACACCGACGAACCUAUUUCGAAGAUCCUGUCAAACAUCAGCCAGAGCGACAUCGUGUACUUGGAUAGAUGGUCCUUGGAAGUGGAGAAGAAUACAGACACCAACGCCAAGAAUGAUGGCGGCAAACAGAACCUACCUCUGAACGUCGUCAACAACUAUUAUUCAUUGGGAGUAGACGCUCAUAUUGCUCUCGAAUUUCACGAAGCGAGAGAGGCUCAUCCAGAGAAAUUCAACUCCCGAUUGAGGAAUAAGAUGUUCUAUGGCCAAAUGGGAGGCAAGGAUCUGCUGAAGAGAAAAUGGAAAGAUCUGGCGGACUUCGUUAGUUUGGAAUGUGAUGGACAGAACAUAACCCAAAAACUCAAGGACCUAAGAGUGCAUGCAAUCGUUUUUCUGAACAUUCCUAGUUAUGGCGGUGGUACCAAACCAUGGAAUAGGUCGUUGGGAGGCAUCGAACCAAGUACAGAAGAUGGUCUCAUAGAAGUUGUUGGCCUUACUACAUAUCAACUUCCCCUCCUUCAAGCCGGUGGGCACGGCACGUGCAUCACCCAGUGCCGCUCUGCUAAAAUCACCACCUCCAAAACGAUCCCGAUGCAGGUGGACGGCGAAGCGUGCAAACUAGCGCCCUCCAUCAUCACCCUCUCGCACCUCAACAAGGCCGCCAUGCUGGCCAAGCAGAAGCAUGGCAAAGCGGCGCCAGCGCAGGCAACGCUGGACGAUCUCGCGUUUGAAGUGUUCAAGUUGGCGAUGGCCGAUUACGAGCAGCAUCACAACGAUAAGGAUCUUCUCGUUCAAGCAGCUAUAAACAUUGGAAAAAUUGAAGUCAAUCCUGGGUCCGAUCUGGAACAAGUGAGGGUGAUGAUCAACAGACUGCUAGAAGAGAACAAGGACCAGCAGAUGAUAUCAUCAGAUUGGUGUUUCAUAGACUCUUGUACGGCCGAAAGGUUCUUUCGCAUCGACAAGGCCCAAGAGAGUCUGCACUACGUGCUGGACAUCGCGGUCGAACACCUCUACAUUCUCGAGUGCGAGGAGGAGACCGUACCGCCCACGCCCGAAGACGAGACCGCCAACCCUUCGCCCACGUCCAAUCAGGCACCCUACAAUAUACCGCUGAUGAAAAUAAGCAAGGAAGACAGUUUGGAUUGCCCUAGUGAACAACUUCAAUCUCCACAAUCUCUGGAGAACGGUAACCAGAAAUAUCCCAACCCUGAAGAGAACAGCCCUACAGAAAACAAGGAGAUAGCUCGGGUAACUUCUGACAGCAGCAUGAAAAUCAGAAGUUAUAUGGAAGAAAGGCCGAAUGAUUGUCUUCUCAAAGCAGCUAAAAUUGGGGAUCUUCGAACAGUCAAAGAGUUACACAACCACGGAUAUUCCCUUCUAACAAAAGAUGCGGCUGGCCAAACAAUGCUCCACCAUGCUGCCCGUUAUGGUCAUAAUGACAUAGUCAAAUAUUUGAUUAGAUUCGCUCCAUCUAUACUGAACGAGACAGACUCUACCCUGUCUCAGACAGCACUUCACAAAGCGGUAGCAUAUAAAUGGCGAGACAUCUGUUGUAUUCUGGUGGCAGGAGGGGCAGCCUUGGAUGUCAAGGACCAUCGCGGUCUCACUCCGAGAUUGUUGGCUCUUCAGAAUGAUGAUCACGAGUUGGCAGCCUAUUUGGAAAGUCAGGAAAACUUCAGAAUGGUGGCGUCAGAUGAUGGGACUGUAGUCUGAACAAAAUGUGCAACAUUUCUUAUGGCCCUUUCGGCAUAAAAGCAAUUUAUCUUUUCCUAAAAUGCCUUACUACAAAUUUUAAAAAUUCAUUAUACAUUAACUCUUAUCACUUAAACAUUCGAAUUCAAAACAUCACGUAUCUACAAGGAGUAUAAUUGCGUGUUCGAAUUUGAAUAAUACCUAUAACGGAUAAAGACGAGGACAGAAAAAGAAAACUUGUCCUGCAUUCAAUGAAUGAUAAAAGGAAAAUAUCCUCAGGAAAAUCCUCCCCAUGAGAUAUAAACUAUAGAUAAAACAAAUUUAUUGAGCAAACCUUGACCAUUUGCAAUUUACAGGGUCUACAUAAGAUAAGAGCAUGAUACCGUCCUCUGAAUAUUCUAACACGAACGACUCUUCGAACUUGACCAAUUUUCUCCAUAAUAUAGGAAACUACCCUACCUUUAUCAGAUCAUUCUUAUGAAUAUUAUGCUAUUGCUAUAUUAUAUGUGUGAAACUCAUCAGAAAUAUACAAAGUUCUAGAAGAAACAGCAAUAUAAGUCCCAAAGUCUGUCGACCACAAAAAUAUUGUUUGAUAAGUAGUUUAACUAGUUUCGACCACAGGCCACCAUCAGACACAAAAAUGAUGUAUCCGGAAGUACCUAUAUAUAAGAUAAUUAUGGACAUUGUUAAGGAGUCGAAAAAUAAUCGAGGAAUCGAUAUAAUAACCUCAGCAAUACAUAUUGAGAGCAAAAAAUGAAAUCAAAAGCCUAAGUCGAAUUUCAAAAUAUCAUUCUUUAAUUUAAAAAAGGUUAAAAUCUGCAAAGAGUACAGUAGAACCAGAACAGCAUUUUAUUAUUGAAGAACAUUAGGAC